AUGGACUGUGAAGGACAAAUAGAGGAAACUGUGCAGAAAGGGGAAGACAAUGCAAGUCCACCCACAUAUUCCACUCACAAACCCCAAUUUCUUCUCUUUACAGACAGAAUCAACAUAAAGAGGAAAGGAACAUGGCCCUCUGCCUACCUGUCUGUUCAGAACGUCAUCGACUGUGCUGACGCCGGGUCCUGUGAAGGGGGAGACCACUCCGGGGUCUGGGUGUACGCCCACGACCACGGCAUUCCCGACGAGACCUGCAACAACUACCAAGCCAAGGACCAAAAGUGUAAGAAGUUCAACCAGUGUGGGACUUGUGUCACUUUUGGAGAAUGUCACGUGAUCAAGAACUACACUCUCUGGAAAGUUGCUGACUAUGGGUCUGUCAGUGGACGAGAAAAAAUGAUGGCAGAAAUCUACACUAAUGGGCCAAUUAGCUGUGGUAUCAUGGCUACUGAGAAGCUGGAUGCCUACACAGGAGGCCUCUACACAGAGUACAACCCCUCUCCCGCAGUGAAUCACAUCGUGUCCGUGGCCGGCUGGGGCGUGGAAAAUGGGACAGAGUAUUGGAUUGUCCGGAACUCGUGGGGUGAACCCUGGGGCGAAAGAGGGUGGCUGAGAAUUGUGACAAGUGCCUACAAAGGUGGGAGAGGAUCAGACUACAAUCUUGCUAUUGAAGAGGACUGUACAUAUGGAGAUCCUAUACUUCCUUGAUUCUACGCUGUACAUAUUUGUUUAGGAAUUACUUUGUUUGGAAGCUUCCCAGCACAGCCUUUUUUUGUCUAAGACUCUCUCACAGUUCCACACCAUCAGGCAGUUCUGCAAAAUUAGCCCAGAUAGCACCACACGAGUGCUUCAAAAAAUACAGAGCUGCCUUGAGAUAGUUAUUUACAAUUAAUUUGCCCAUGAAAGAGUUGUCUGUCUUGAUGCACAGUAUUGAAAUCAUUCUGACUUAAUCACAGAACCUGUAUGUGUAAAUAUCUAUUUUUUUUAAAUACAAAUUAUGUAGGCAUACUGGAAAGGAAAAAGUAUACUCAAUAUUUGGGUCUAGAGCUUAUUUUAAAUUCUCUGACAGUACUGUGAUGAUGCAAAAAACAAAACUAAUUCUGGACAUGAUAAAUUAAAAAACUAAAUCCCCUUUUUCCUUGGCCUCCUGGUGAAACGAGGUGGUGGAAAUGCAUGUAGUUGCUUUUAUCCAUCAAAAUGAUAUAAUGGGAAUUACUUUGAUCAAAAGAUGGUCUAAACAUUUCUUAAUUAGUCUUUGCUCAAAUUCCUUGCUUUAAUCUGUGAUUGACUCUGCCAUUUUUCUCCUAGAGGCAAAGGAUAAAUUGCCAUAACUCAGAACUCCUCACUAAUUUGAAGAAAUGAGGCAAAUUCCCUUCCUUAGUCUUUUAAGUGACAAAUCAGUGCCAUAUCAAAUGUUACUAACUGGCAUUGUUAAUUGCAUUUAAUAAACACUUUUUCUCAUAA